CGUGUGAGUGUAUUCCAUUCACAGGCUAGCCUGUGCAGAAUCGAGACUCGACUUUUCAAAAUCGUCAUUUAUAUCAGAACCAGUGUGCGGGAGACUUGAGCCUCCAUAUUUGCGUUUUGAUAUAUUAUCAACAUAGUGUGAAGUUUAGGACUUUUCUGAGUAGUUUAUUGUGUCUGGAGGGAGUCUUUAGUGGAAUUUGGAUGAAAUAAAUGUAAUCGUGGAGUUUAAGUAAGCGAAAAAACAUAUUCGUGUCUCAUCCCCUCACUGAAGGCGAGGCAGGAAGGAUACCUUCACACAAAUGGAAAAGCUUUGACAAACCCAGUGAAAAUAUAACGCCCCAAAAGUUGGCUAAUCCCAAAACACGGUACCGAGACUGGAUGACUCACCCAAGGGCCAGGACUAUGACCAUCGUUUCGAGGAUUCGAUCAUUGAUCGAGUUGGUAUGAAUUGUUGGAAAAGUGUAAUCCACAUUGGUUGGUCCCAAUUAAGAACAAUUUGAACGAAGAAAAAUCAGGAAGUGCGUGAUUGAAUAUUGCACAUGUGUCCGUGUCACGGUUAUUGGUGUGGAUUCAAACAGGAAUAAAUUGCUUGUGUGUGUGCGUGUGUGUUUACUUGGAAAACUUUUGUGUUCAGCAAUUUUCAGCCCAUUGCUGCCCCCUUUUUUCACGCUCGGAACAUUGACAGUCCGGAAGUUUGCCUGUUUAGGAAUUACUACUUUGUUGAGUGCACAGCGUAAACGAGACACUAACUUUGCCGUUUAUAGGAGUCCUGGCAGGGUGCGGGGAGGUUAUAAAUUGUGGAGUAUUUCAAUUGAAAAAAUAGGAAAAUUGUUCGAUGCAAUGGUGUUGUGACAUAGUUGAAGCCAGUGGGUGGUGAGCAAACGUAAGGGCGUCUAACACAUAUAUGAAUAUAGAAUCACAAAAUAGGGAAUACCUGUCUGGAAUGAAAAGUCAGAGAUUCUCGCUGUUACAUAAAAUCGAGUAAAGAGGAAUCCUGUAGGGAGAUCAAAACUGACGAUAAUAGAAUUUCCGUCGGACGUGGUUCGAUAAAAAAUUCAUCCAAAAAUUUUCUCAUCUUCGACACUGCACUUGGAAGGCGAGCUGAGGCUAGCAAAAAUGGGCACAGUGUUGAGUUUCAGUCCCCGGGAGCGUCGACCCAUUUAUUCGACGCAUCACCACAGCGCUGGUACGCUAUCAUCAUCAAACUCAGCGGACUUUCCAUUAAAUAACUACUCAUACGAGCAGUUGAAUAAUGUGAAAAACCGAGAGAAUAAUAAACCGCCGAAUUUGAUUCAAUCGGUGCCGAACAGCAAUGCAAACAAUAAUAACAACCUCAACAUCAGUGGCAAGGAUGACGGCAAAAAUAAUAACACAAACAGUGCCGCAACGUUGAUGCUUCUCCAGCAAACUCAUCAGGGCGGUAUCAACGGUAAUGCUAACAUCAAUAGCAUUAACAAUAACAUCAACAGCAACAACAACAGCAACAGCAUACAGGAGCGCAACAACAACAGUAGUAAUACUGACAGCGCUCGUAUCCUCUCCGAGAAGAAUGCUCUGGAGAAGAAUCUCAAGAAACAUUCGCUGUUCAUCAAUGCACUGUCGUGGAAACGACUGGCAGCAUCCCAUGGCAAAAAGAAACUCGACAACCAGAAGAAUAAAUCGGCCAACCUGGCUACGGCCACGUUCCGUACCCCACUGACCGAUACUAUCCAUCCGAUGGUGGACAAGAACAAGAACCUCCAGCAGUCGCAGUCGUUUACACAGCCUAUCUCCAGCAACCAGCAGCUGCAGCAGAUUCAAGUUGCCCAGCAGCAACAGCAGCAAACGGUGUACUUUACUCCCGGGGGCCCAAAGGCACUGCUCGCGCUAGAUCUCGUGCGAGCCAACAACACAAAUCCGCUGUCGCAACCGGAUAAGUUGGCCCCCAAACUGCCUCUGCAGUUACCAUUGCCACUGCAGCCGAUCAUCAGCCAACAACAGGCUCAGCAUCACCACCAGCAGCAGCAAGGACAGGUGCCGCAGCAGUUACACCAUGGUCACGGUCCGCGGAAAACCGUCAUUCAGGCCUCAACCUCCGAACUGCUGAAAUGUUUGGGAAUAUUCCUACAUGAUCGAUGCCGGAAAUUGCGAGAUUUCCAAGCGGGCGACGCCGUGAUGUGGCUGCGGGCAGUCGAUCGGAGUUUGCUGCUUCAAGGAUGGCAGGACGUUGCCUUCAUCAAUCCGGCGAAUGUGGUGUUCGUGUACAUGCUGGUGCGGGAGCUGGUGGACGGCGAGGAGACCAAGGAAGCGGAACUGCAGGCGGCGGUGCUCACCUGUCUCUAUCUGUCCUACUCGUACAUGGGCAACGAGAUUAGCUACCCGCUGAAACCGUUCCUGGUGGAGGACUCGAAGGAUAAAUUCUGGGACAGAUGUCUGCUGAUCGUGAACCGACUGUCGUCCAACAUGCUGCGGAUCAACGCGGAGCCCGGUUUCUUUACCGAAAUCUUCACCGAGCUGAAGGCCUGCGGAAUGAACUCGGCCAGUUCAAACUCUAACGGAAAUCUGCCUUGCGGUGCGGCUUGACGCAGCAACAGCAGUAGCCGACAUCCCCGCGAAGUUGUCGUCCGGCUGUCGAUUGCCGGCCAGCAGCAGAAGUACCAGCACCAGACAACCCUCCAGGAGCUGACUAGCGUCGUUUGAACAACUACUAGCACCAACAGUCGGUUGCCGCACGGGCAAGGAAUAAGCAACGAGCGAGCCUAAUGCGCCUACGUACAACUAUCAUCUAAUACACACAACACAACAACAACCACACACAGACACACACACACACCAGCACCACCAAGAGCACCACUACCAUAGGGGCCGUACAUUUCAUUGAAAUGUUGCGUAGCUGCGUGGUGAUCCUCAUCGUUGUCGUUCACAGUAGUUAAAAUGUAAAUUUUCUGCGACAAGUGUUCCGCGAUCUCACACUAAAGGCUCAAUAUGAAAACUAAUGUAACGGAUCGAUCGCCCCGUUUAUUGUAUGCGAGUACUCUGAAGACCAUGAGCGAAAAAAUACAAAAAAGAAGAAAGGUCUUUUUAAACAAUAGAACUAUAUUGAGAGAGGUGGGUGUUGUGUUCAUUUAAUUAUGGACCCGGGAACAUGAUAUUGUAGAUUAGCAGAAAUAGUAAAAAAUCCACUAUUUAUCAUUCAAAGCAAAUAUUGCACAGCAAUGUUCCGCUGUGCAUUAAAAUCAACAGCUGUCGAAAACAAGUAGAAAUAGACUUUGAAGUUUGGAGAAAAUAGCAUUUCUGCGAAGCGAUUUCCUUUAACGAUCAACCGUUUUUGUAUUCAACGUCAAGUGUGAGUUAUUUUUCAAAAGUCUACAGAAUCUUCACAAUAUUCAACGAUUUCGAUAAAGUUUAGAGUGUUCCAUAGGGUUGGUAUUUCAAUAUUUCAGAAUAUGUUGGCGAUAUCAAAUCGCAAAGUUUCAUCGUAUAGGACUCAGCGUGUAGACCCGGUUUUUGGAAGAUCUCAUAAAGGCUCUGCCCAACGCCGGGACGGAAUAUAGUUCUGUAAAUUAAUAUCCAAGAAAAGACAAGAACGAACUUCGUCGAUGUAGACAGAAACGAGCGAUAAUGUUUUUAUAGUGAGCCCUAUCUCUGAUCUCCGCUGAAUACCGGAGAAAUAGCCCUCAUGGAGGACGGUACUCCAAGCUAAACCUAUUUUGUAUAGUGAGUAAGUGUAUGUUAAUAUUUAAAUUCAGUGGUUAAUUGAAGUGCGAAACAAAAAACGAAAAGAAUGUUUGCAGUGGUGUGAGAUGUAAGAUGCAAGCUGGUAAAUUCCAGAAAUGGCGAUAAUUGAUGAUCAAUAGUAUUCAUUCCUUCCGCGAAGAAACAAAAAAACAACAAAAAAUGAUCUGCUGUGCAAUGGUUGAAAUCAUGAAUGUUUUGAAAUAAGUUCGUCGUUACAUAUCGUUUAGUUGAGUCCCUUACUUUGGUGACAUCUCAGAAAUAAGUUUGCCACGUUUUUGUUAGGUUAUAUAUUGAUACAUAUCAGGAUUGUGUAAAAUGAGCUACGUAAUAGGCAAAAAAAAAGAAUGUGAACAAAGUAACAUUUUUCAGCAACAAUUCUCGGCUGUACAAUACGAUUAUUUGAUCAGAUAUACUAUACUAACGCCAUUUGCAUGAAGAACGAAAUUUAAGCUAGCUUUCAAAUUUUUGAAAAGUUGCGUUGAAAAAUUAUAAGCAUUUAAACAUUUGUAAUUGUGGCUGCAAUGUUAACCUACCGAGUAACUAUUCAUUGAACCGGUCUUCGGUGGGGUGCGUUUCAUAUUUAUAACAGCAUGAGAUCAGCUGGAUUCAUUCGGAUAUCCCUGCAACUGGUCCAUUCGGUAGAUAGUAUUUUACCUUCUUGGCCCGCAUGCGAAGGCUCAUAUCAUAUUCAUAUUUUGCGGAAGCGUUUAAAACUGAUCGAGGAAUCCAUCGGCAUGUGAUGCAGGAAACUGGGAUCGAUCUCUUCCACAAUUGUACGUUGUAUUGUCGAAUACUUCAAUGGCUUAAUAGCAGAUAAGAAGCGCCUUACUAAGUAGGUUCCUUCAACAGGCUUUGCUCCAUUAGAGUUGCCGACGAUCCUUCGUCGAGAAAAGCGUAGGUUGUCACUUGCUUUCCCUUGAGAUGUAUGAUAACGGGCAUGUAGCGAAACAAAAUCUUCUUCGUCGCAUUCGUAAACAUGUUGCAGCUCUGCGUCGUAGUACGCUCGUUUGGUGGCUUCCUAAAUCCGAGUGUUGUAGGUUUACUGUACCGCUUGCCCUCGUGCAGUAGUUGACUAUGUGUAAGACACUUCCUGCACAGCUGCCAUAUCGAUGAACUGUCGACACUUCUUUGGACCGUUGCAUUCAUCUAGUCACACAAAGCAACCCCUCGGAGCAAUGAUCGAAUUAUCUUCCGAAAGAAUUGUAAUGCUGGAUUUAGAGAUGUGCCAUCCGCACAAGAGCUGUUCCGAAGAAUCGACUCUUUGAAGAGAGUUGACGCGGAACAGCUCGCAAAAAAAAUCAAACAGCUCUUCAGCUCACUUUGAUGAUGAUGCAGGAGAGAAAAGAGCUGUAGAAUUGAAGAGAGUGUGUGAGCUGUAAGAUUCAAAUGAACUGACCGUCUCUCGCUCUGCGUGUUAUGACAUCAGUUCAGUUUCAUUUGUUCCUUGUCUUUUCAACAGUUAUACUCGCUUUGACGGAAUUGGGCUUUGUUUACCAGUUUAGGGGGCGCCAAAAAUAAUAAGUGACUUUCAGGCAGAAUGAACACGUUUUUAAAAUUCAAAUUAUGAAUGAAAAUUAACAUCUGUGUAUUAAAUUAGUAUUCUAUUUCAAUGAAAAACACUUUGUUUGUAGGCGGUGAAAAUAUCUCAUAAGAAAAUUCUUUUUGAAGACAAUUUUAUAUUAUAAUGAAAUUCUCAGUAAAAAUGUCGGAAAUGUAUAGACAAAUGGUUAAAUAAGAUUCAGGAAUACGUGUUUUAAGUAAUUUAAUAACACGGUGUGAAAAAAUUCAUGUAAAUUUUAACAUUUAACAAAAAACUGGCUUCGUGUCUUCUAAUCUGAUAAAGAUUACACUAUCGAGUUUGGGACCCAAAUUGAAAGUCGCCACCAGACGUCGUUACUGACAACUGAGCUGAAGAGCUGUUCAUAAAGAACAGCUCUUUUAGAUGAACUGAGCUGAUCUGAGCUGUUCAUCAUGAUGAGCUGGAUUGCACACCUCUAGCUGGAUUCGCUUUCAUAAUGGAAAUUGAUGUAGUUUCUCGGGCCCGAUUACGAACAUCACUUCAUGGUGAGAACGAAGUAAUAAAAUGCCAAGUUUACACUUCGGAUGAACUCUUCCACAUUUUCUCACUCACGUAGUGUUCGUAAUAAGCAGGGAUGCCAGCUGAUUUUUUCAGAUGUCUUCACAUAAUAUGAAAAAAAUGUCUUCAAAUGUCUUCACAAUCAUAUUGAAGGGAAUAAAAAUUCGAUUUUUUUUUCAAUAAAUACAAACAAAGAAUAUAUUUCGCAGCUGUGAACUAUAUCUUAAGGGUUUAAAAAUGAUAUUUGACCGUCAAUAGAGUGUAUAUUGUUCCAAUUUUCCCACAGAAACGGAACCGUGAGCAGUGUUCUGUACGCAGAAUCGAAUUCCAAAAAACAGAAUCAAUUACUUCCAUUUCUCAAACAAUUUUCAUGAACAACUCAAUUUGUUCAUUUCAACUUUGAAGUUUUUGUUGUAACUCAAACCAUGUCCAUAAAACUAAUUAUCAAAACGGUAUGUAACCUUCGAUUUGUAAAGUGGCCGUGAAAAAAAGCGAGUGAAUGACACCGAGACAAAAUUAUCCAUUGGUUACUAAAGUCAAAAGUCUGGUUUACUUUUGACACUAAUAAAAAAACGAACGAUGACACUGAGACAAAAGCCGUACUUCUUUUGACGAUAAUUUCGAACAAUAGCAGGAACUGAGUCAAACCUGGCAUCUCUGGUAAUAAGGUUGUACUCACUUCAUUUCGCUUUCACCGUGAAGUGGCGUUCGUGAUCAGGCCACUCUUCUUUCCCGUCUCUCAAGUUUCAGAGCCAUCAUGGAUGUGGAAUGUGUAACUUAUAAAACAAUUUGCUACAGAAAACAUUUCUUUGGAGCUAUGCUUCUCUUUAUUCACUUGAUAAUUUCAGACUGAACUAACAAAUGUCGGCCCUGCCUUUGAUAUAGAAUGAUAAAGGGGUUACUUUUGAUUGUGAGAAUUUUCAUUGAAUGAUGCUGAUUCCGAUUCUCAGGAACUGUUUAUCUUUGAUUUUAACCCCUAAGUGGUGUGAUGAUUUACACUGAUGUUGAUGAUGCAGCGGGUCGUAUCUUCGCUGUUUAUAUUCCAUAUACAUGCUACGUAGAUUCACUGACGUCGUAACAAUGCGCACUGCAUUGACAUAAACCAACUUCCAACUUCAGAAAGCGCGACUCUAUUCAACCCAACCCUUAUUUGACAUGUGAAAAAAAAUAGUCAAUCAAUACAAAAAUAUUCUAUUGCACUUUUGCAGAAAAUUCUCGAUUUCGGUUUCUCGAUGCUUGGUUGUGUAUUUAGGUUCUUGUCAAUUAAAUCCACCCCAUUGUCACGAUACCUCUGAACAACUUCCUAGUCGUAAUGGAAACUUACCAAAUCAGUCCAACACGUUUUGAGGCAUUCUUCUUCGUCCAAUUUCGAGUCCAUAGUCUUGUUUGUGAAGGAAAAAUAUUAGUUUUUACUUCACAGGUGCAAAUACCGUGCCAAAUUGAUGGCUUUUGAGCAUUUUUUUCCUCAACGUGAACUUUAAUAUUCCGGGGACAUUUCCUCGUGCCACGGGGAAUUUUUCGACCAGGAGCGGAAUCCUUCAUACCUCAUCAAAUUUUGGUCUGAAGUUUUGACAAUUCAGAAUCGGUACGCAUCGGAACGGACAUAUCUCAGAACGUGAUUUAGAAUACAGCACUAUUAGAAGCAAAUGUUUUGGAUUUAUUGUCGUUUAAGGAUAGAAUAUGGGUUUUGCAAUUUUUAUUCCUCUCGAAAAAACCAAAUUUGGGCUUAAUGCGUUCCACCAACUCCUGCCCAAGUUGACCUAGUCGACUUCAUCGGCUACAUCUUUCCCGUAUCUGGCCAUUGAAGUAGUAUUUUGAACCAGUUGUUCACUUUUCUUCAGUUUAACUUUAACAGUACUGCAAUACAUUCCAAUUAGGUAGUUUUUCGGACAGUUUUAGGGGUUCAUCACUUUCUCAAUUAUGUCUAAUCCGUUAUUGCGAUACCACUGUCGUGCAUUCUUACUGCCACUACACUUGCCAAAACCGGCUAAAACAUGACGAGAUUAGGCGUUCGUUGAUGUAUAGAUUUAUCAGUAUUGUUGGUUAUGAUGAAAAUCGGAGUCUUCCUAGAACAAACUUAUAUCUCUUAAGAACAUCUCCGUGACCCCUGGCUUCAUCAAACUUCUGACCCGUAAGCUGUUUGAAGUCAAAUUUAACAUAUUUUUCAUCGUCCAUAAGAAUGCAUUCAUUGAAUUUGUUCAGCAACUCAUACCGCCUUUUUGACGUAAUGGUUUGCUCUACGGUCCUGUUUGGUUUUUGGAUAGCCAGACACUUGAAGAAACCAUCCCGAAUGCGUAUACUCCGAACUGUACUGCGUUUGUUGGCCACAACCACGUCUGAAGGUCGUGGAUUUGAAAGCCUUCACAACGUUCUGACGCAGUUUCCGGUCCACCGUACCGCUUCGACUUCUUUAUUAAACCUUCCUGGAACCAGAUAAAUGAUCCUUGAAAAAUUUUAGCACCGUAAAAAUUGUGGUUUUAGCCAUUUUUAAAUCCCUGUGAUCCUUGUAUCCAAUCAUGGAUCAGAAAUACUUUGUAAAUAAACUGAUAUCGAAGAUUCCACAACCGACUGGGAGCGCUGUACAGAAGAAAAAUAAAAUUUUGCAGCAUUUCCGUAUGAUGACACAUUCUUUUAUCUAACACGGGAUUUUAUUGAAAACAAUCGUCUUUUAACUUUCGACUAAAUAACAAAAACAAUAAAACACAUGAACAUAUGAACAUAUUUUCGUAUGAACUAUUUACGCAAGUUGCAUUAUAAACUUGAAACGCACCCUAUUAUGAAUUCCUAGAAACAAUUGGACAAGUCUUUUAUUCAUAAUUUAUGAAAUCGAAAACCCACAAUUCAAUUCAAAAUAGUAUCUGAGCAGAAUGUCGAAGUAUUGUUAUCGAUCGUUAUCUGAUUUAAUUCCCAUAAUCAAUUACGUCUCUCGUUUCGAAAUACCUCCAGAAAUUCAAAUACGUAAGAAGUAAAGAUUUCAAAAAUUGAUAAAAAAAAUAAUAACGACCCUCACACCAAACACAAGAAUAAAAACCUAGAAUAGCAAACUUAUAAUUCCAUCCAAGGUUUAGUUAAAAAAAUUUUAAGAACAUGCAAACAUGCUCACAAUUUUGACUAGUUUUAAACUGCAACGAAAGAGUAAUGAUACGAAUGGUGUCAACAGAUUUGCAACCCUGUAAAUAUAAACUCAUAUGAUCGAGUCGAAUCCGUACUAUGCUCGCUGCAGAUUUUGUUUCCUAUCCUGAUUGGCGGAAACUUUAAACAGAGAGAGAGAGAGAGAGAGAGAGAGAGAGAGAGAGAUGUAAAGAACCGAAAAUCGGUGAUCAACUAGUGUGUAAAAAUUGUUUUUCCGAACAGAAAAAAUCGUUCAAUCUAAUGGCCGAAUAUGUGCAAUGCGAAAACGUUUACUAGGCCAGAGAAGCUGAAGAAGCGAAAAUUAAGAAUAGUAUGGUCGAUUGUGCAAUAAGUCGUAGUAAUAGAGUUUGGAGAAAAAGUUAAAUUUAAAGUGUAGAUCGUUCAAUUUCCCUAUCGGUUUUCUGGUAAUGAUUCGUUUCUGAACGCCCGAAAGUACUACUCUUCACAACUUCCAAAACGUGAUUCACAAUCUGAGAAUUGUGACGUCUUGAGGUCGAUUCGCACUCAACGGAACGUCAGUGCUACCGACACGUCACUCUCACUGUCACCUCAUACUUCGAUAGAUGAUUUGUCAGAGGUCAUUACUAUGUAUUCAUCGCCCUAUCAAGAAUCGGCUUGAUGCAACGCUUGAUAGACUUUGACACUGAAGUCCGUGAACACUUCAUAACGUUGCUGAUAUAGGUGAGUAUUGCCACAAAAAAUGUCAUCGGAGAAUAUAUGACAUUACGUGGCAGCUCUUUUUGGUAAAAACGAUAGAAUCAAAUUACUACUAAAAAAUCUAGAAAAGAAAACCGAAAAAUCCUCGUAAGGGGUGGAAAAAUCGCGUGUAUUCCUGCGAUGAUUAACCAUCAACAGAAUUGAAAGUUUAUUAAGCAGAAAAUGUAGCAGUGAAUUAGUAGUAGUGUGGUUAGUGUAAAUUUUCUCCCCCACUGACAGAGCAGACUUCCCCUAGGGAAUAGUGGACAAGAUAGCGAAAUUAAGAAAGAACGGACAGAAAAUACUCGAACAAAUCCGUGGUAAUAAUCCGUGAAAUUUGUCGAAGAGAACAAACAAAUAGAAGCAGAUUAUUACUAGCAAAUAAUACUCAUACAAAAUAUGAACACAAAAAAAACACAAAAAAUAUACCAAAAAGAAUACUGUUGAAUGUUGAUUAUAAACCAAAGUAACAGAAUUACACAUAAUUAAAGUUAUUAACAAAUUGGAACGAAGACGUUGUCACUGAUGGAAGCAAAGGUGAAGCAGUCGAACUAAAGCAUAACUGCGAUGCGAUGAACACAGCGAGUUUCAAUACAAGUAGAACACAAUGGGUAAGAUUAAGAUGAUACAAGUAAACUUUACUGAUGGCAAAGUGUUGUUCGAAUCAACUAAAGACCAAUGAGAUAUAAAGUAGAACCGAAAAACAGUUGGAUGAACAAACCAAAAUAUGAACGCUACAUUUGGGAGAGCGAGUAGCGAGUGGAAAUCGGAAUUUGUUAUUUGAAAAAGAGACAAACUACACACAUCUACUAUCACCACGAACGAAUCUGAUCUGAUGAGAUUAGGUCAAAGAACAUUUAUUAUACAACCUAGAACAAUUGAUUGCCAAAAGACAACUCCAACCUUAAGUGAAUUCAACCAACCACGAGAACCCUUGACAAAAUCGUACCGAUUAGAAGAAAUUCUGAGCAGCCAGCAACCUGCUGGAGUGAAUGAAAAACCAAAAACUUUAAAAUACAGUCGAGUUGUCAGCUGGGAAAAAAAACAUUAAAUGAAACACAAAUAGUAACCGACGAAAAUAAAUAAUUGCAACUAACCUUUGAACCCAAUUUGACGAAACACUUGAGAAGAAGUGGAGACAUUAAAACAAAAAUAUUGCGAUAAUAUAAUACUACUGAUUAAAACAAAUUAUAAUUUUUUAAGUAGAAAAUAAAUCUGAAAACACAAAA